AUGAUGAAUGAAGGCGCAGAGAUGCAAAUGAACCAGUCCGGUGCUCUCGACUCGCACGAGAUGGAGCAAGAGGAGAUAAACAACCGAUCCAUUUUUGUUGGGAACGUGGACUAUUCUACCCAACCGGAAGAACUACAGUCCCUCUUUUCGGAGUGCGGCCUGAUAAACCGAGUGACUAUAUUGGUGAACAAGAACACGGGACACUCGAAGGGAUAUGCCUACAUCGAAUUCGCCGACGCGUCCUCCGUCCGAACGGCACUCUCCCUAUCUGAGUCCUUUUUCAAGAAAAGACAAAUUAAGGUUUGUAGCAAAAGGCGAAACAUCCCCGGAUUCAAUCGACCGAAAAUUAGCCCCUUUAGGGGUCGAUCUAUGAAGACGAGCCUUGGCCCUAGGGGAACUGAGACAACCCAGCUUCAGACCCUUUUAUCGCGGAAGAGGAUCAUACAAGAAAAUCGUUACGAACCCCUACGAGCGGGCCUGACCUGGUUCCCCACCUUUGUAGCGUUUUCAAUUUUUUUUAAAGGCGCGCCGCUCGCGUCGCCCCUUUUUUUUAAGUCCCCCCACCGCUCGCCCACUCGGUGGGAAAGCCAAAAUGGAAGGCAAAGAAAAAGUUUGUGUAAGAAAGAGAAGAGAAUGCGAA